GGCCCAUAGCUCUGGUAGUGCACAUGGAAUAGGGAGCUAUAAUAUAUAUAUUUCAACCCUUCCUGAUCUAUUUUACUGAUGCUAUUCCUUUCUCUCACUCGUCUGGAGUGGAUCCCUGUACCUCGUCCUGUCUGAGAUGUCUCCUGUGUUUCCAUGCUGAUGUUUGUGUGUACCAUGACAACAGAGGCUAGCGCGGUGGGUGAGGCGGACACAGAGGGCAAGCCGAAGCCCAGCGUAGCAGAGGCAGAGAGAAAACCGGAGAACAAGCAGAGCUCAGAGGCAGAGAUACAACUGGAGAACAAGCAGAGCCCAGAGGCAGCAGCAGCGGAGCCAGAGGGGGAGAAGCCCAGCCAGAAGACCCAGGAGCAGGCCUCAGAGCCUGGCUCCACAGAGAGCCCCAUCUUCCCCACCACCACCACCACUGAGGAGGAGCAGCUAGUGAAGCCCCGCCAGCGCACCUCAGCCAGCCGGGGCCUCUCACGCCUCUUCUCCUCCUUCCUCAAGCGGCGCUCACAGUGCACAGACGUAGAGUGGGCCGAGGUCGAGAAGGCGGAGAAGGACAGGAAAGAGAAGGCAGAGGCUGGAACAAAGGAGGAAAAGUUAGAGCAGGUCAAGGGGGAGGAGAAGAAAGAGGAGGAAGAAGCAGCAAAGAAAGCAGAGAAGAAGAAAGAGGAGGAAGAAGCAGCAAAGAAAACAGAGAAGAAGAAGAAGAAAGAGGAGGAAGAAGCAGCAAAGAAAGCAGAGAAGAAGAAAGAGGAGGAAGAAGCAGCAAAGAAAGCAGAGAAGAAGAAAGAGGAGGAAGAAGCAGCAAAGAAAGCAGAGAAGAAGAAGAAGAAAGAGGAGGAAGAAGCAAAGAAAGAGGCAGUGAAGAAGAAGAAAGAAGAGAAAGAGGGGAAGAAGAAAGAGAAAGAAAAUAAAGAGGAGGAGAAGGGGAAGAAGAACGAGGCGAAUAAAGAGGUAAAGAAGAACGAGGAGAAUAAAGAGGUAAAGAAGAAAAAACGGAAGGGCAAAAAGAAAGCAGGGGAGCAGUCCACAACAGAGGUGCAGGUGAAAGCCCCCAUCGCGGCCCCGGAGCCAGAGCUCAGAGCAGAGGCGGAGGGGGAGGCUGAACAGGAGAGGCAGGAGGAGCCGGUAGAGGCCCAGGACCAUCACUCCAUCAGCAGCACAGAGACACAGGUGAGUGAGGGAGACAGACACAGUGAACUUCUCACCUAG